GGGCUACUUCUCGGCUGAUUAAUAUCGGCUAUGGCUCCCGAUCGUCCCCCGCCGGCUUUCGCCGAGGCUGGGCGGCAGAGCGGGCUGCAGGUGUGGCGUGUGGAGCAGCUGGAGCUGGUGCCGGUGCCCGCCAGUCGCCACGGCGACUUCUUCGUGGGGGAUGCGUACCUGGUGCUGCACACCGCCCGGCCCACGGGCGGUCCCGCCGCGUACCGCCUGCACUACUGGCUCGGGAAAGAAUGUACUCAGGAUGAAAGCACAGCUGCAGCUAUCUUUGCUGUUCAAAUGGAUGACUAUUUAGGAGGAAAGCCUGUGCAGAGUAGAGAAAUUCAAGGAAAUGAGUCUACUGAGUUUGUGAGCUACUUCAAAGGAGGAAUUAAAUACAAGGCAGGUGGUGUUGCUUCUGGAUUUAAGCAUGUUGUUACUAAUGAUCUGAGUGCUCAGAGGCUUCUGCAUAUCAAGGGCCGGAGAAUUGUGAGAGCCACAGAAGUUCCCCUGGCUUGGAGCAGCUUCAACAGAGGAGAUUGUUUCAUUAUUGACCUGGGAACUGAAAUCUACCAGUGGUGUGGCUCCUCAUGCAAUAAAUACGAACGGCUGAAGGCUACUCAGGUUGCUAUUGGCAUUCGGGACAACGAACGAAAUGGAAGGUCGAAAUUAAUUACUGUGGAAGAAGGGAGUGAACCAGACCAGCUCAUAGAGGUUUUAGGGAGCAAGCCAGAGCUGCCAGAGUGUGAUGCUGCUGAUGAUGAGCUGGCUGAUAUUACAAACAGGAGAAGUGCUAAACUGUACAUGGUAUCAGAUGCAAGUGGAUCCAUGAAAGUGUCCAUGGUAGCAGAGGAGAACCCCUUCUCCAUGGAUAUGCUUUUGUCUCAGGAGUGCUUCAUUUUGGACAAUGGUGCUGCAAGGAAGAUCUUUGUGUGGAAAGGCAAGGAUGCUAACCCACAAGAGAGAAAAGCUGCCAUGAAGAAUGCUGAACAAUUCAUACAGCAGAUGAAUUAUCCUGCCAAUACACAGAUUCAAGUCCUUCCUGAAGGAGGUGAAACGCCAAUUUUCAAACAAUUUUUCAAAGACUGGAAGGAGAAAGAUCAAAGUGAUGGCUUUGGAAAAGUAUAUGUCACAGAGAGAGUGGCUAAAAUUGAGCAGAUUGAAUUUGAUGCUACCAAGUUACACGAGUCCCCACAAAUGGCUGCCCAGCAUAACAUGGUAGAUGAUGGUUCUGGGAAAGUAGAGAUCUGGCGUGUGGAAAGCAGUGGCAGAGUUCCUGUGGGACCCGAGACCUAUGGACAGUUCUAUGGUGGUGACUGCUACAUUAUCCUCUACACUUACCCUAAAGGGCAGAUCAUUUACACAUGGCAAGGAGCUCAUACUACAAAAGAUGAACUGACUGCAUCUGCAUUUCUGACUGUCCAGCUGGAUCGGUUACUGAAUGGUCAGGCUGUGCAGAUCCGAGUCAGCCAAGGUAAAGAGCCUGCACAUUUACUGAGCUUGUUCAAAAACAAACCACUGAUUGUCUACAAGGAUGGGACAUCCAAGAAGGAGGGUCAGAAACCUGCCCCACCCACACGACUCUUCCAAAUCCGCAGGAACCUGGCAGCUACUACCAGGAUUGCAGAGGUUGAUGUUGAUGCAAUGUCACUAAACUCUAAUGAUGUCUUCGUUCUCAAACUGCCAAACAACUCUGGCUACACCUGGGUAGGAAAAGGAUCAAGCAAAGAAGAGGAACAAGGAGCUCAGUACAUAGCCAGUGUUCUUAAGUGCCAAACUGCUAAGAUUAAUGAAGGCCAAGAACCUGAGGAAUUCUGGAAAGCACUUGGAGGUAAAAAAAAAUAUCAGACUUCAUCUCGGCUCUUGACAAAGGUUGAAGAUCACCCCCCUCGCCUGUAUGGUUGUUCUAAUAAGACUGGCAGAUUUAUUAUUGAGGAGGUCCCAGGAGAAUUCACUCAGGAUGAUUUGGCUGAAGACGAUGUCAUGUUGCUUGAUGCGUGGGAGCAGGUUUUUGUCUGGAUCGGGAAGGAUGCCAAUGAAACCGAGCGACAGGAAUCUGUUAAAUCUGCCAAACGCUACAUUGAGACAGAUCCUUCUGGCAGAGAUAAGGGGACCCCCAUUGUUAUUGUGAAGCAGGGACACGAACCCCCAACAUUCACAGGCUGGUUCCUGGCCUGGGACUCCAACAAAUGGAAGAACUGAUCUAUCCAAGGAAGCUUCAGCUUCAAGAAAUAUCAGAGCCCAGCUACUUUCUAGGAUUUUUAAGCAUAAGCUUAUGCAACGAUAUGAUGCAUCUGUUGUUACACUUUGCCAAGCUUUGAUAUAUUUUGGUGAAUAGCCUAGAAAUUCUUAAUACUGGAAAGGAUAAAUUGGUCAAAUGGGGUGUGUGUGGGUUUUUCACGUAGUAACUGUAGGAAGUGCUGCCAGUACUGUGUUUAAUCUGCUGACUGUUCAGGCAGAAGUUGUGGAUCAGUUUCUUUUAAUGUGCUAAAAUGGGCCAAAUUCCGCCUUCAUUUAAAAAUCCAAACUAAUGCCAAAGAAACUCCCUCAGAAUAAGGUCAGCAUAAUAUUGUGCUGAAUUUGGCCUGACAAAGGACUCAUUCUACAUCUAUUGCAAGGGUAGAACUGGACUCAAUGUACUUACAAGGCCAAAAUAUUGCCACAGUCACUCACAUAAAAGUUCAGAUGAUGCCUGAUCCAGAGCGAGGACUUUGUCUUGCAGGGGGCAGAUAAGGAAUGGGCAUUUUGAGAAAGCUGUGCUUGACAUGUUUGUCUUGUUGUUACAUAUAUUUGGAGAUUCUGGAUUGAAUGGCUGUAAGAAUAUGAAGUUGAAGUUGACAAAAGUUUUUUUUGAGGAACUGUCUAACUCACUGUAAUGAAUUUCUUUAAAUUUCUCUCUGUGAACCACCUCCAGCUCCAUGAGGUCUUUUUAACCAAAGUUCUUGAAUAUAUUCUAGUUAAUGCACUAGUGCUUUUAAAUGGAAGCGGAAGAAGUAACAGCUUCAAAAAUACAUCCUCUGCCUUAAAAAGAUUGCACUUAAGCCAUACUUUGUCUUGGUUGCCUUACUAAGAAGUACUUGGUUCUUUUCCAGCAUGAGAACUGCUCACCUUUGUCAGGUGCAGGAUGUGUUUCUACUAAUUUUCUAUACAGGUCUUACUCAAAUACCAAGUACUUUAAGCACGAGGAAGCCUCUUCUUUCAGUAGCACUCUACAUCUUGAGAAUCUGGAGUGUGAGCAGACACCAUAGAUUAUGGCCUCUUUUCUCUCAGGCACAGUUAUUUUGGAAUUUUUUUAAUCUGCUUAAUUAAAGAGUACAUUUUCAAAGGAUUUUUUUAUUUGUAGUUUAGCCAGGAAAGACUACAUAAGGGCAGUGGGAAAAUCUGCUUCAGAUCUGUAGCACGGCUUUAAGCAGUUAUCCUAUAAUGAUUGUUUUAAGCAACAAUCUGUACAGCUGUAAAUCAUGCCAGUGUGGCUUUUUAAUGAAAGCAUUUUAAUGGUUUUUAUUAUUCUUACAAAGUUAGGUUGGGAAGAGAAAUUUCAGACAUUUUUGUAUUUUUUUAACAUUAAUUGUGGUUUUGAAUCUGGGUAAUAUAAACAAGUGAAUUUAGUCUGCACUUAAUGUUACAGACAGAAGAAUUGUAAAGCUAAGAAAUUAAAGCUAACAAACUCCUAUAGUUAAUCUAAUUAAACAUUUGUUUAAAUCUCUGCUAAUAUAACUGGGCUGUAUAUUAACGUAAUGUCAUUUGAAAUAAAAUUGCAAAUAGCAAUAUU